AUGGAGAGGUACUCAACAUCAGUGCCUUAUGACAAGUCAUCUAAACGCUAUAAAGAUAUCAGUCAGGCAGUCACUUAUCACAUAGCUAAGGACAUGCUUCCACUCAGUACCGUGGAGAGGCCGGGUUUUAAAAACCUACUUCACGUGCUUGACCCACGAUAUGUUCUUCCUGGGCGAAAAUACUUCUCAAAAACUGCCAUUCCCCAAAUGUACCUGUUGUGCAAAGACUCCGUGCAAAAGGAAAUAUUGGAAGCAAAGUACUUUGCCACAACAUCCGACCUGUGGUCAAGCCGUACGUCGGAGCCGUACAUUAGCCUGACAGUUCAUUUUAUAGAUGAGGAGUGGAAAUUACAAACACGAUGCCUUGAAACGGCAUAUUUUCCCGAAGACCAUACAGGAGAACUAAUUGCAGAAGGGCUGAAAGAGGCACUGCUGUCCUGGGGUCUGAUUGAGAAAAAAAUGGUGUGCAUCACCACAGACAGUGGUGCAAAUGUGGUGAAGGCGACUUCACUCAACAACUGGACAAGGCUACAAUGUUUUGGCCAUCGUUUGCAUUCUGCAAUUGGUGCUGCAGGAAAGGAUAGAAGAGUGGACAGGGCUGUAGGUGUUUGCAAGAAAGUGGUCUCUGCCUUUUCUUACUCAUGGAAGAAAAAGAGUGCACUCUCCAAAGCACAGGAACGUCUCCAUCUUCCCACACACCAGCUGAUCACAGAGUCACUAACCAGAUGGGGCUCAAGGCAGAGGAUGGUGGCAAGGGUCCUAGAGCAACAAAAGGCCAUUACUGAAGUUCUGUCUGCAGACAAAAACACCAGGCACCUGAUCCCAACUUGGCAGGACAUUGAUGUCCUUGAGUCUAUGAAUGCAGCCUUGACUCCUCUCCUGGAGUUCACAGACUCCCUUUCGGGUGAGUCAUAUGUGACCGUCUCUUAUGUGAAACCUGUGCUCCACCUGUUCCGCUCCAAUUUGCUUGAAGUAAAUGAGGGGGACACUCAGCUCACAAAAGAGAUGAAGACAAAAAUAAUGGCCUAUCUUGAUGAGAAGUAUUCAGACACAGACGAUCUCCUUGAUAUGGCUACCUUGAUGGACCCCAGGUUUAAAGUCCAGUACAUCAGACCAGAGAAGGUAGGGGCCAUUAAAAUGAGAGCAGUGUCUGAGGUUAUGAAGGAAGGCCAAGGCCAGUCACUGGCAGGGCCUUCUGAGGGAGCAGCAGAUCAAGGUGCAGAAGGUGGAGCUGCGGCUGCCGCUGCACCACCUCUACCACUGGGCGUGAAGAAGCAACGCAAGUCAUUGGGGAGCUUCUUCAAAAAGCAGAGUCAAGAAGAAGUUGACCUGUCUGAUGAACAACAAGUGGAGAGUGAGCUGGAAAGGUACCUGAGGUGCCCUGAUGCAGACAGUGAGGCUGAACCCCUGGACUGGUGGAGGCUCCAUGAACACAACUUCCCCAGAUUGUCUCAACUGGCAAAAAAGUACUUGUACAUCCCAGCCACCAACACAUCAGUGAUGUAUGAGUACUGA